AUGGGUGCUUUGAUAAGCUCCCGCUUGUCAAAAUACAUCCAAAAGAAACUUCGGGACAUUGAUUUAAUCGUAUAUAUGUGGACUGAUUCUAGUAUAACGUUACACUGGAUUAGAAAUGAUGUGAAAAGGUGGAAGCCAUUCGUUCAGAACAGAGUGAAGGAAAUACAGAAGAAUUCAGAUGUCUUGAACUGGAGAUAUACGCCUGGUGAACAUAACCCAGCUGAUUUACUAACUAGAGGUGAAAAUGUCAAACAUCUGAAGCACAAUAGCAUAUGGUGGGAAGGGCCCACGUGGUUGAAAGAAGAAAUGGAACACUGGCCAAAACCGAAUUUAUGUUCCACAAAGAACAUUGAAGAUUCCAACAAGGAACUAAGAAAAACAUCAAAGUUUUCGUCCCUCAAUCCAUUUGUAGACGAAAGUGGUGUAAUUCGUGUUGGUGGACGAUUAGAAAAUUCAAAUUUGGAUUACAAACAAGCACAUCCAAUCGUGUUGCUCGACAAAGAUCACUUGACUGAUCUAAUUAUUCUUCACAGUCAUCAGGUGGUAGGGCACGGAGGAAUAGCAGAUAAUUUAAAUCAGAUAAGAGACAAAUUUUGGUUGCUGAAGGCUCGUCGAAAAAUUAAAAGUGUUCUGUACAAUUGCAAUGUCUGCAAGAUAUUUCGAACUAAACCUGUCAUGCAAGAUAUGGCACCUCUCCCACCAGACAGAUGCCGAGAAGCCUUUCCGUUUGAAAACUCCGGGAUAGAUUACGCGGGUCCACUGUACGUGAAAAGUGGAAAAGAAUUAUCUAAGACAUACGUUUUACUGUUUACCUGUGCUGUAACCAGAGCCGUGCAUUUAGAACUUACGGCUGACCUUUCCACAGAAAAAUUUUUGCUUGCAUUUAGACGGUUCAUAGCGAGAAGAGGUUUGUGCCGAAUAGUGUACACCGAUAACGCCAAAACCUUUAAAAGAGCGAAAAAAGAAUUAGAGCUAUUGAACGAGGUGAUGAAAAGCAAUAAAGUUCAAGACGAGUUCUCUAAGCAAGGAAUCAAAUGGAAAUUUACAGUUGAGAGGGCGGCAUGGUGGGGAGGCUUUUGGGAGCGUAUGGUUCAGUCUCUUAAAGCUCUUCUGAAGAGAAUCUUAGGAAAAUCAUCCUUGACAUUCAGGGAAUUAGAGACAGUCAUAACAGAAGGGGAAGCUAUAUUGAACUCCAGACAUUUAACAUUUACAUAUUCGGAUCUAGGAGAGCCAGAAUCUUUGACCCCUGGUCACUUCUUAAUAGGAAGACGAUUACUAUCAUUCCCACAAGGAAGCUCUAAAUUAAUUUCAACAAGGAGAGUCUUACACGUCGAUUUAGACAUCAACAGAUACUGGUAG